AUGGCUUUGAAGCUGAGUCUGAAUUCCAUAAACUGUCAAUCCCAAAAAUACUCAUCUUUUGCUCUUCCACAAAUGGCCAGCCUCGGAUCUCCCAAGUUCUUCAUGGCUUCAACUCUGCGUUCUAACUCCAAGGAGGUUGAGACCCUCAAGAAGCCUUUUAGUCCUCCCCGUGAGGUUCAUGUUCAAGUAACACACUCUAUGCCACCUCAAAAGCUCGAGAUCUUCAAAAGCCUGGAGAACUGGGCUGAGCAAGAUUUACUGGCUCACCUGAAGCCAGUCGAGAAAUGCUGGCAGCCACAGGAUUUCCUGCCAGAUCCUGCUUCUGAUGGAUUUCAUGAUCAAGUCAAAGAAUUGAGGGAGAGAGCCAAGGAGAUACCGGAUGAUUAUUUCAUUGUUCUAGUUGGAGAUAUGGUCACUGAAGAAGCUCUUCCAACGUAUCAAACAAUGCUUAAUACUUUGGAUGGUGUGCGAGAUGAAACAGGGGCUAGCCUUACUCCCUGGGCAGUUUGGACAAGGGCUUGGACUGCUGAAGAAAACAGGCACGGGGACCUGUUAAAUAAAUAUCUGUACCUAUCUGGACGAGUAGACAUGAAACAAAUUGAGAAGACAAUUCAGUUUCUGAUAGGGUCAGGAAUGGAUCCUCGAACAGAAAAUAAUCCCUACCUUGGAUUUAUCUAUACGUCAUUUCAAGAAAGGGCUACAUUCAUCUCCCAUGGAAACACGGCCAGACUUGCUAAGGAGCACGGGGAUGUAAAUCUUGCUCAAAUAUGUGGUACAAUUGCCUCGGAUGAGAAGCGUCAUGAAACGGCAUAUACCAAGAUAGUUGAGAAGCUAUUUGAGAUUGACCCUGAUGGAACCGUGCUUGCUUUUUCCGACAUGAUGAGGAAGAAAAUCUCCAUGCCAGCACACCUGAUGUAUGAUGGCAGUGAUGAUAACCUUUUUGAACACUUUUCGGCUGUUGCUCAGCGGCUUGGCGUCUAUACAGCUAGAGACUAUGCAGACAUUCUAGAAUUUUUGGUUGGUCGAUGGAAAGUGGCAGACCUAAUUGGACUAUCAGCAGAAGGGUUAAAAGCACAAGAUUAUGUAUGCGGGUUGCCUCCAAGAAUAAGACGACUAGAGGAGAGAGCUCAAGGAAGGGCCAAGCAAGCACCCAUCAUCCCAUUUAGCUGGAUAUUUGAUAGGGAAGUGAUGCUCUAA